AUGUUCAAACAUACACAGCGCUCCAGCAUAAGCAGGAGUCUACGUGCGAUCCACACCGUGCCCAAACUAACCCACCAUGAAACCUGGUCGAAAGAAGGGAUUCCCGGUCUCUUUACGCCGAAAGGAUACAAUGCCGCUUGGACAGACUAUCAAAACUACUUGAACACCAACCUUACCCUCUUGACCAAUGGCACCGCCAACGAGACCAAAUCUCCCUAUCAGAUACUCUUGAACACGGCCAAGCAGACUACCCAGCAGCACACCUACCAUUACGCCGCCAUGUCGCACAUGAACCAUUUUUUCUUCCAACAGCUCGCUGAUCGUGACACGGCGAGGUUGUCCAAGCCAUCGCGGUUCCUCAUGGAAAAACUCAUGCAUCAGGAUAUUUUGGACGUGGAUGCGUUGAGGAGCAAGUUGCUCUUGAUGGCGGAGAAUGCGCACGGGCAAGGGUGGGUCUACUUGGUUGAGGACAAGGACAAGAAUUUACAGUUGCUUACGUGUCAUAACGACGGAACGCCCUAUUAUUUCGCCAAGAGACAGCAGUUGGAUUUCAACUCUGGAAUCGACGAGUUGAGCUAUAAGCAGUUGGAGAAUAUGCAAUUGAGGUGCCAAGAUGAACUGGUGAAGCAACGCGAGGAAGAAUACAUGUUGCCUAUUUUGGCUAUCAAUUUCUGGGACCAUAUGUACGUUGCGGACUAUGGUGUUAAUGGUAAAGCCGAGUAUUUGAACCAGUUGUGGGAAUAUUUGAACUGGGACGUGAUUAACAAGAGGUUGUUCCAGAUAUAG